GAGGAACAUCGUCUGCGCGCGCUCGUGCCAAAUAUGUGCGCUUGAGUGUGUGCAGGGCACGCACACAUGUGCCUCUCCCGGUAAUGUGAGAAAUCAAGAGGGACACAUCUCCUUGUGGUGGGAUUUCAAUUUGACGCACUGAACGUAACUCUCCCUGCAUGUGUGUCCGCUCGCUAGGCUACAGCUCCGGCGUCGGGCAAACCCUCUCACUGCUGCACUUCAGCCACUGUGGAAUAACUCGUCUGCAGCCGGUCGCCCCGUAUGGCUGCUAAAGAAGCGGACAUGCCACAGUUCCACGGGAGACUGCCGCCUUCACUGUCUUCCUCACCUCCGCUAAUGGUCCUCUCAGGGAGUUAUGGUCAGUAAGGAAGCAGGCCGCUGCACUCUGUCAAGUUCAGAGUCUGACUCAGAGUCUGGUGGUCCUUUGCUGGAGGGGAGCGGAGCAGACGCGGUACGCAAGCGAAACAAAGCCCUGCAGGUGCGUUUUAAAGACAUCUGUGAGGCGCAGAAUGAGGCUGCCCACCGAGGUGCCAGAGACCGCUCCGUUUCCUGCAAGGUCAUCCACCGGAGGUACAUGACCAUGCCGGCUCGCCGCUCCAUCCCAAAUGUCACCAAGAGCACGGGCGUGCAAACCUCGCCCGAUUUGAAAAAGCGCUACAAGACUUUCCCCUUUGACCGAAAGAAGGGAAACGUCAUCAAACACACAGCUCUAGUGGAGAAUUACCCUGAUCAAAGCAAUUGUUUUUUGAGUGAUGUAAAGGGUGGGGAACUGGGGACAAGGUGCGAAGGACGGGUGCAGCAGACCCGGGUGUUGCUCCACACUACACCACAGUGCAGUGACGCUAAGGACUUGUGUGCUGGGCCGGACUGUUUAGAUGGGAAUCUCUGCACUGAUCUGUCAGACACAGUUUUGGAUCAGUUGGACUCACGGAGGGACACCAAUGUCCUGGGGAGUGGGGCCAAGCACAAAGGAUUACCCAGUGAAAGCGAGGCAGGGGCAGGCCAGCAGCCCAAUUGUGCCUCCUUGACCACGCCGACUCAACCUCUGCAGGUCAGGGGUGACUGUUCAAAGAUUUCUGGCCCUAUUGCAUGGACAUCUUUGACACAAGUGGAAUGCCCGGAGAGCCCCUCAGGGAGCUGCAAACGAAAAAAAGACACGGCACAGCUGAAUGGAUUGCAGACGCAGUCUCAGGCUUUGCCUCAUUCGGCGAGUUGCGCUUCCCAGGCCCACUGUCACAGUAGUCAAAACGCGGGCACCGCAGAGACCCGGCAGGGCAUGCAGGGGCAGCUGAUUGCUCUCCCUGGGGCCGAUGGGAAUGUGAAAGACAGGCUCCAAGCUAUGGAGGCUCUGAUCAACUCCAGUCAAGAAACCAUCAAAGUGCUGCUGGGGGUAAUUCAGGAGCUGGAAAGAGGAGAAGCACAGCGAGAGGGACUGUCUUAUCGAACUGGGCAGGAUACAGCCAACUGUGACACAUGUCGUAACAGUGCCUGCAUCAUAUACAGUGUGGAACUAGAUUUUAAACUUCAAGAGGACAAACUUCAGCCCUUAAUGAAGAGACUGUGUCCAUUAGAAGAGCCGUCCUACCCCUCUCUGCCUUACACACACGAGGUGUUCACCUCUACACCCAAACGCAAGUCCAAGACUGAGACCAAGAAGCAUGCACGAUGGAAACUCUGGUUCCUCUAAUAUAUGGAUCCAGGAUCCCUGAAACCAUCACAAAUGAGCAAAUUCUAGUGGAAUUGGAUAAACAUGGAGAAAUGCUCACUGCUAGCCACCGUUUGGAACAUGCAUCACGGGAUCCACUGAACGACUGGAUUGUAGUAAGGAAUAACAGUUGUUUUCUAAUCAUGACCCUCUGAUGAACCCUCUGUGUUUGGGAACUGCUGAAUUCACCUGAUCUCACAUUUUUCAAUGGGAUUACACAAUGAUCCUUAGGUUUAGUCAAGUUAGCAAGGGACCCUGCAGAGGCAACAAGAAACUUCAAAGCUAAAACACUAGUUUGCCACAAAACUACUUUGGAGCCGUAGAUCAAAGACAUUUAAUCAGCAAAGCACAAACUUUUGAGGAUUAUAAAGUAGCUUUGAUAGCUGAGAUAUACCUCUGUCUGUUUCCCUGUUUUUCCCUCUUUUUCAUUCUUUCUUUCUUUCUUUCUUUCUCAAAGUCUCUCACCUCUUCAAUUUUUUAAUGAAAUUUGAUUACCAUUUUAUGACAGAAUAAAUGAUAUGAAUGAAAUGAAAUUAGUGAGUAAAUGCAGAAUCAGCUGACUGCAUGCACUAAUAAUCAAUAACUUUGUAGAGAUAUUUUUCUGGAAGAUGUUGAGAAUGCACAAUUAGGUAAGGUAAGAGGUAAGGUUGUAAAAGGGGUUUACACACUGGUGUUCUCAAAAAAAAGUAGAUUAUAAUAAUAAUUCAUGAAAAUACGGUGACUUUCUGUUUCAAAUAAUGGGCCAUCAACAUUUCUGGAAUAAGAACAACUUUUUCAGUGUGCAGAUGUUCUGGUCUGAAACUAUUUUCUUGGGAAUGUGAUGCUGUAUUUACAACAUACUGUUAACCUAGGUCAAUUUUUCAGUAAAUAUAUUUUUCAGACUCAUAAAGAUGCUUGAGAAUUGGCUGGAGAUUACAGGCAAUAUGUUCCAUGGUAGAAAACAUGAGAACACACCUCAAAUCUGUUUAGAUGAUCAUUGUUUUGUGUUAUAGGUUGGACAGUGCACAAAUACAGAACACAAAACAAUAGUAAUAGGCUCUAUCCUACAGAACACACCACUCUGUUCAAGCUGACGUGUCAUUUGCUCAAUUAAAUUUGAAUAUGAUGGCAGUCAAUCACCAAAAUCUUGUGCUUGUUUACCCACCUAAAAAAAACUAAUGAAAGGAACACAACACACAAAUUGGGGAGUAUAAUAAUGCAGGUAACAUAGAGGGCUAUGUAUAUACAAACUGUGCUCAUCAUUUUAUUAGCUUCAAAGAGUCUUUGUGUUAGAUAUUCGCAAGUCUAAUGUCUUCACUACAGUGCCAAACACUGUAUUUAGCUGGUAGCCCAAGAACCUUCAUACUUGGAGGGUGUUUUUGAUAACUGUAGGAUAUAUAUUUAAAAGUAAUAUUAUGUAAAAAAAUAUAUAAAAAAAAAAUCUUGGUCACAGUAUCUUGUUGUUGAAUUGGAGCACAGUACUUGUAAAUUCUUGUAGCAUAACCCAAAUGCAUCAUAAUACAUUGAGAAAGUGCAAUUGAUUUAUAUUGUGCAAUAUUACAUUUUAUACAAUUUCUACCCACAGUGCAUUUACAAUA